AUGGCACCUCCAUGUUCCACUAAAAGUAAAUUAUGCAUUAAUGUUUUAAAAAUUGUAUAUACAUUAAUAUAAAGAUGCUUAUGAUACUAUUACUAUUAUAUAUUUUAAAAUUUUUAUAUUCCUAUUUAACCUAUUCAAUCAUAGUAAUUCACAGCAAGACUUAAUAAUAAUCGUAAUUUUGUUGUUAAAGAUAAUACGAAUACGGAAAUAGGCGCAAUUCUAAUUUUUAAAGUAUCUACCUUAUUACACAUUUUACUUUUACUUUAAGUGUAUUAUACACUUAAAAGUAUACAAGUAUUAUAAACGUAUAGUAUUUACUAUGUAUAUAUAUAUAUAUAUAAUAUCUUGUCCUGACUGAUUCAUCAUCGCCUAGCCUAACUACUGGACGGAUCGGGCUGAAAUUUGGCACACAGAUAAAUAUUAUGACGUAGGCAUCCGCUAAGAAAGGAUUUUUGAAAAUUAAACCAAUAAGGUGGUAAAAUAGGGAUUUUAGUUAUAUUUACUAUGAAUAUCUAAUUGCUUAUUUAUUUAUUUUCGUUUGUUCAAGGGUUACCUUGGUGAUACGGAUGAUAAUUUGGUUGUCACGAAUAAGAAAACUAUUAUAAUUAUUAUAUUAAUUAAUAUUAUUUACAUCAUUAAAAUUUCACAAUAGAACACUUUUAGUCCGCCAAAGGUGGACAACCCACUUUCCAUCUAAAUGUUUUCAUUCAAUUCUGACACGGUCAAAAUAAAAAAUGGAUAUGGAUAAAAAAAAAAACAAAUUAGCACUUGCAAAGCCGGGCACGGGGCAGCUAGUAAAAGUAAUGUUAUACUAUGUACACGGAGUUUGUAUAAACGACAUAGUAGUAAUGAUCCAUGAUAUAAAAUUAUGUUAAUAUUUGUGGCUAGAAAUCAACAAUAACAAAGAUUAAUAUUUAUGAAAAAUUAAAUUUUUUUUCUUAAAUGAUAUAAUUUUAAUGAAUAUUCAAUGAUGAUUUACAGUGUAUAAUAUAAAUGAUUGUGUACACAAAAUUUAAAGUAAUGAAUCGAAUAAUAUAUUUAUGAUAGUUUAAUUGUGUGUAUAACAUUAAAUUAUUACAUUUUCAGUAAUCAAAAGUAGACCAUCAAUGAUCAAAGAACAUAAGGCGCUUUAAUAAUAUGCUGGAAAGCAUGGUGGUGGUAGACAUGGUGGUGGUAGGCAUGGUGGUGGUAGGCAUGGUGGUGGUAGGCAUGGUGGUGGUAGGCAUGGUGGUGGAAGGCAUGGUGGUGGUAGGCAUGAUGAUGGCAGAUAUGGUGAAGGCAAGCAUGGUGGCGGUAAUGGUAUGGAUGGUGGUGGUAAUGGUAUGCAUGGAGGUGGUGGAGGUGGAAGUGGGAGUGCUUCAGGAAGUGGAAGCGGGAGUGGAAGUGGUGGUAACGGGAGAGGAAAUGGUAACAAUGUAGGUAGUGGCAAACUUCCUAAAGAUGUAGUUAAUAGUGGUAAAAGUGCUCCUAAAAGAGGAACCAAACUAGGUGGUAGUACUGGUGGUAGUGACAGGGGUGGAAGAGGAAUUUCUGCUGGAGGAGAAAGAGGGGCCGGAACAGGAAGUGGGGCCGGAAGAGGAAUUGGUUCCGGGAGACACGGUGAUGGCAAGCAUGGUGGUGGAAGGUAUGGUGGUGGUAAGCAUGGUGGCGGCAGGUAUGGUGGUGGUAAGCAUGGUGAUGGCAGGUAUGGUGGUGGUAAGCAUGGUGAUGGCAGGUAUGGACGUGGUAAGUAUGGUGGUGGCAGGCAUGGUGGAGGUGGGGCUGAAAUUCCAAGUAAAAGUGGUGCCAAGUCCAGUGUCGAAAAUGGUGGCAAACAUGGUGGGGACAAAGGUAUGCACUCACCACAUGGACUUGCUCCAGCCUUCGAAAAUAGAACCAUGUUAAACCAUUAG